CGGAAGUAUUAUUCAGGGUUAACUACAAGAAGAGAGAGCUGUUCUCUAUCCUUCAGUUGCUUUAGCAAUAGCCGCUUAAGUCUCUUUACUUUUCUAGUUUUACUAAAGGUGACACGUCGAUAGCAAUCUAUAAAAGAGUGAGCAUAUUGGAGCCAGACUAAGUCGAGGUCGGAGCUCCCUAAACUAAAGCUGCACUGACGUUUGUUUGCGAGUUAAACCUUCAAACCUCACCCACUAGCUAGCUAAAGUAGCCGCCUGAAGUGUAGCUAGCGAGGUAACUCAGCUAACUGCUGUACAAGCUCAACUCAGCAAGUUCAUUUAAAGUGAUGUGAUAAAGGUGUAUCCAUUGCUGAACCAUUAUGAUGGCAGGUUCCCAGUGGGAGCUUCCUCCAGAGCUUUGUUGUCGGCCCAUGGCCUUCGUGGCUCUAACUGGUUUGGAUGUUGUGUACAAUGCUGUCCAUCGGGCCAUUUGGGACGCUUUCUGUGCCAACCGACGUGCAGAUAGAGUUCCAAUUUCUUUCAAGGUCCUCCCAGGAGACCAUGAGUAUCCUAAAUGUCGCACUAAGCGAACAUCCUAUGAGUGGUACAUCCCCAAAGGUAUCUUGAAAACGAGUUGGAUGAACAAACAUCUGAACCUAGUACCAGCUCUAGUUGUCCUCUUCUAUGAACUGGACUGGGAUGACCCCCAGUGGAAAGAGAAACAGUCGGAAUGUGCCACUAAAGUGGAGAUUGUCAGGACUAGUCUUCAGGGGCGGAACACCAAGGUGGCAGUGGUUCUAAUUCAGAAGAAAACUCCUCUACCUCCAGGAGAAGACCUGGUGGCGUCAGAAAGGGCCUCAGCCCUUUGUAACGCCUGCGAUCUGUCAGGAAAGAGUCUCUUUGUGCUGCCUCAUACUGACCACCUGGUGGGCUACAUUAUAAGGUUAGAAAAUGCCUUCUACGAGCAUGCCCAGACAUAUUAUUACACAGAGAUUCGUCGAGUCAAAUCGCACAAAGAGUUCCUUAACAAAACGACACAUCAGCUUCUGUUUGUCAGACACCAGUUUAAAAUUGCCUUCUUCAGUGAACUGAAACAGGACACCCAGAAUGCUCUUAAGUACUACAAAACGGCGUACAGUCUUGUCCAUGAACUCAGAGCUCACGAAACCAAUAUGUUGGAGAUCAAAACUAUGGCUGGAUUUAUCAACUAUAAGAUUUGCCGUCUGUGUUUUCAACAUAACACUCCUCUAGAUGCUAUUGCUCAGUUCAGAAAGCACAUAGACCUGUGCAAGAAGAAGAUUGGCAGUGCUGAGCUGGCCUUUGAGCAUGCGGCAUGGAUGUCUAAACAGUUCCAGUCAUUUGGUGAACUUUUUGACGAAGCCAUUAAAUUGGGUCUUACAGCCAUCCAGACCCAGAACCCAGGUUUCUACUACCAACAGGCUGCCUGUUACAGCCAGGACCGGAAACAGCUGGCGCAGCAGCUCUGGCAGGCUGGAGUGAGCUAUCCAAGCCCUGACCCCCUGGACACCCAGAGCACAGGACUGGACUUCUAUGGCCAAAGACCAUGGAGACAAGGACAUCAGAGUAUUGACCCUCCAGAUGCAGAGAAAGAGAAGACAGGGAUACUUGCUCUGCAGAUUAAAGAAAAAGAUGUACCACAUUCUGAGCUGAUUAUAGCUCUACUCAGCAAUGCCGUUGCCCAGUUUAAGAAGUAUAAGUGUCCUCGAAUGAAGAGCCAUCUCAUGGUGCAGAUGGGAGAAGAGUACUACCAUGCUAAAGACUACACCAAAGCCGUUAAGUUGUUGGAUUAUGUGAUGUGUGACUAUCGCACAGAGCGGUGGUGGGCUCUGCUGAGUGCCAUCCUGAGCACAGCUCUGCGCUGUGCCUAUCUGAUGGCCAGUGUCAAGGACUACAUCAUAUACUGCAUGGAGCUGCAGGGCAGAGCUUCAACGUUGAAGGAGGAGCAGAAGUCCAGGAUUGAGAAGAAUCUCAUGAAAGUGCUGCUUAAUGAAAUCCCUGACCCAGAGCCAGAGUGUGACCCAUCUUCUGUGGCUGCAGCCAGGUUGCUCUGGUCUGACCGCAUGGCUUUAGUUGGAUCCAAUGAGUUCACUAUAGAAGUCCAAGACUACAUACCAUUCAUCCAGUGUAAGGCUAAGUUCCAGUCUCCCAGUUUUCAUGUAGACCAGCCGAUCCAACUGCAGGUACUCCUCAAAGCUGACUGUCCUCAUCCGGUGCCCUUCAGCAAGCUGGCCAUCAGCCUCAGCAACCAGGAGUACAACCAGUGGUGUGUGUUGGAGUCUACAGGGCAGGACAGUAUGAUCCUGUCACCAGGAAAAACCAAAUGCUACAACUUCAACUUUGUGGCGAAGACGGAGGACGUUGGCAAGAAGAUAGAGAUGACUGCUAUCGAAGUGAUGCUGGGCAGUGACAGAGGCCGCUGUGUGUUUCUGAGCUGGAGAGGAGCAGGUGGAGAUGCUGCCUCGACUCAUGAAGCCCUGCAGGCCAGUCGGUCGUCAUGGCGAUGGGUGCGUGGCCUGGAGGCAAAUCAGGAGCCGCACUGGGACAGUGUUUCCAUGCAGCAUAGUACCAUGAUCAUUUCCAGAGUUCCUAAAAUCUCAGUGGAGCUCAACCACCAGCCCCCUGCACUUUGCAACGAAAUGUACUGCCUCCGUCUCACGGUUCAGUCGCAGGAAGAGGGCGUGGCCAAAGAUGUUAGACUGACAGCAGGCCUCAAACCAGGCCAGGAUGCCAAUCUCAGCCAGACCACACAUGUGACUCUUGAUGGCUCCGUGGUUUGUGAUGACACUGCUGCUGCACUACUGCCGGACAUACCUUUAGGAGACCUAAAGCCAGGUGAAAAGCUGGAGAAAUGUGUCUAUGUGAAGUGUGUGUCUACCGGGCUGAGGGUCCUCCUGUUCCAUGUGGCUUACAGCAUCAGUACCACUGUGGAAGGACAGCAUAUCAUCUGCAAAUGUCAUAAGGAUGAAACCGUUGCCAUAGAGACGGUGGUCCCAUUUGAAGUGUCUGUCAAGUUUGUGUCCACUAAGUUUGAGCCACUGGAUCGAGUGGCCGUGGACAUCCCCUUCCUACUGAUGACUGACAUCCUGUCAUCAUCACCAUGGCCCCUCCUACUGGCGAGCUCCUCUCUACAGCUGCUUACGAUGACCAGCAACACAAAGCAGCCUCAGUCACAGUUAGAACAAACUGUUCUGCAGACAGGUGAGAGCGCCAGUGAGUGUUUCUGUCUGCGCUGUCCACCACUCACCAACAGCAACAACACUGUGCCAACAGGACAGUACCUGGUAUCAUGGAGGAGACAGUUGUCUUGUUCUGACGCUCCUCUGAUUCACACCACGGUUACUCUACCUCAUGUCAUCCUGGAGUCGGUCCCUCUGUACAUCUAUGCCGAUCUACCAUCAUUUGGGAGGGUUAGAGAAUCUCUUCCAGUUCGGUACCACAUAGAGAACAGGACAGCUCUGGUACAGGAGGUGGAGAUGGCUGUGGAACCCUCUGAUGCCUUCAUGUUCUCGGGACUCAAACAGGUGCGUGUCCGUAUCCUCCCUGGUUCAGAGCAGCAGAUGCUCUAUAACUAUUACCCACUGAUGGCUGGUUACCAAACACUACCACAGCUCAGCAUCAACCUGCCCCGCUGCUCCACCACCAACGCGCACUCACUGAGACGCUUCCUGCCCCAACGUAUCUUUGUCAAGCCUCAAGGUCGACAGCUGGAUGAUGCCUCCAUCGCUGCAGCAUGAGAAGAACACCAGUUAUUUAAACCUGUAAACAUGAGAACAAAGUAACACUACAUAGGCUGUUCUCAGUGUGUGAUUCUUGCAACAGUUCACUGUUGAUAUUGUUAACACUAUUUGUUUCACAUUGUUCUGUAAAAAAACAGCAAACAGAAGGAUACAUUUGAUUCCAGCAUUUUUUUUCUUCUCCUGACUGAAUGCGAUGUGUAAAUUUGUGUAAAACAGAAAUUUGAUGAAUGACCUGGUACUUUGAUGUCCAUUCCAAUAUUGAAAAUCAUGUGUAAGUUUGAUGCAAACUACGUCGAUGAGUGUGAUUGAAGUUUAAUUAAACUGAACUAAUGUAGA